ACCCCGACUACUAGACUGGAGCUGCGAUUACAUUAUGGGAAAUAUGCAGUGCUGACAGCACACAGCUGUGCUCGGUGCAAGGCAUCUGACAUUUCCGGGAGCUGCAAGUCUCUCUAUUGGCUGGAGUCGGCGGAUCCCCCAGCAAAACCCUCCUCUCGCGAAAAAGGCCAGACUUCAAAUGAUGUUUUAAAGUGUGUUUGUGUUCCUCACUCCUGCGCUCUUCUCUUUCUUUUUCGUCCUUCCGCCAAGAACCUGCUAGAUUUCACCUCCUGUACAGCAAAAAGGCACAAAGGUGAAGUGAAAGGCAGGUGCUGUGUGCUAUCUCUCUCUCUCUUACUCUUCGUCUCGGUCUCAGUGAGUGCUACACAUGGCUUCCUCACUCCUGACCCGCCAGCUGGCCAUCUCCCUUCAGCAAAACCUGUGUCUCGCCGCUCCAGGUUGCAGAUAUGUCAGCAGAACUGCCACAAAGACGGUUUCAGAGUUUGAAUAUGAUGCCCCAUCCAUGAAAACCGCUGUGCCAGGUCCAAAGUCUCAGGAGCUGAUGAGACAGCUCGGAGAGAUUCAGAAUGUUGGAGCAGUUCAUUUCUUCUGCAACUAUGAGGAGAGCAGGGGGAACUACCUGGUGGACGUGGACGGCAACCGAAUGCUGGACGUGUACACACAAAUUUCCUCCAUCCCCAUCGGUUACAAUCAUCCAGCCUUAAUUAAAGUGAUGACCAAUCCAAAUAAUGUGAGUGCAUUUGUCAACCGUCCGGCGCUUGGUAUUCUGCCACCUGAGAACUUUCCAGACAAACUGUUCGAGAGCCUGCUGUCGAUUGCCCCCAGUGGGAUGAGCCGAGUACAAACCAUGGCCUGUGGAUCCUGCUCCAAUGAGAAUGCUUUCAAGAGCAUGUUUAUCUGGUACAGAAAUAAGGAGAGAGGAUACGCCAGCCCCUCUGAGCAGGAAGUCGGCACUUGCAUGAUCAACCAGAGUCCUGGAUGCCCAGAUUUGAGCAUCUUGUCUUUUAUGGGAGCUUUCCAUGGGAGAACUAUGGGUUGCCUGGCCGCAACACAUUCCAAAGCUAUUCACAAGCUGGAUAUACCUUCCUUUGACUGGCCUAUUGCACCCUUCCCUAAGCUGCAGUACCCUCUGGAGGAGUUUGUGAGGGAGAACGCCCAGGAAGAGGCCCGCUGCCUGGAGGAGGUUGAGGAUCUCAUCGUGAAGUGGAGGCAGAAGGGCAGACCAGUGGCUGGCAUUGUGAUCGAGCCCAUCCAGGCAGAGGGAGGGGACAACCACGCUUCUCCUGAUUUCUUCAGCAAACUGCGAAAUAUUGCACGCAAGCAUGGCUGUGCGUUCCACGUGGAUGAGGUGCAGACAGGUGGAGGAACAACAGGCAAGUUCUGGGCCCAUGAGAAUUGGGGCCUGGACGACCCUGCUGAUGUUGUCUCCUUCAGCAAGAAGCUGCUGACAGGAGGAUACUACCACAGGGAUGAACUGCAACCAGACAAACCCUACAGAAUCUUCAACACAUGGAUGGGAGACCCCUCAAAGAAUCUGUUCUUAUCGGAGGUGCUUAAUGUGAUCAGAAGAGAGAACCUUCUGGAAGAGGUGACGCGCUCAGGGAAGGCCCUUUUACAGGGCCUUUACGCACUGCAGACCCAGUACCCUCAUAUCCUGAGCAGAGCCCGUGGCCAGGGCACCUUCUGUGCCAUAGACGCCUGCAAUGAUGCCACACGUGACAGUAUCAUGCUUAAGGCGAGGAACAAGGGUCUGUUUAUGGGUUCCUGUGGAGAAAAGACCAUCCGUUUCCGUCCCGCGUUGGUCUUCAAGGAGUACCAUGUCCAUCAGCUCCUGAACAUCCUGAACAACAUCCUGGCUGAGCAUAAAUAGAGUUCUGGCUGCCAGGUCGGCCUUGAUUACGGAGCACAUAGAGGUCCAAGCCCCCUCAAGGGUUUAUACCAGCCUGUCACAAUUAAUUGGUCACUGUCUCUCUCUCUCUCUCUUUACAUUCGCUCUCUUCCUGUCAUUACUUAUUAAGAAGGAUAGAAGUCUGUUUUCGAUCUCUGUUUAUUUAGCCGGCACAGAUUCGGCCCUGCCACCAUAUUUCUUGUCUUUUACUGAGGGUGGACAGGAUUGCAGGAUUUAGCCCACUCAAAUUCAAAUUACAUAUUUAGGUAAAUCUCUCCUGAUGACACAGCAACUUUUGUGAAUUUGUGAACUGUAAGGUCCAACAAGCCGCAAGUCAGUUGAAUAAAGCACAGACCACAGAGACAGAACAGGAUUUCUAAUCGCAAUAUUUCUUCUUAUAUCCUUUUAUGUCAAAUAAAAAAAGUCCUUAGCGUUUGGAAGGUAACAUGAAAAGAUUAGUGAUCUAAUUGUGUAUGACACCAAAACUACAGAAAAUAUUUUGUGGAGAUAAAAUCGAACUAUUUUAGUAUCUAUAGAGAAAUGGCUGCAUUUGAAAUGUCUAUAGUGUAAUUUUGCAUGAUGGAAGAAUGAAUUUACAGAGUACCUGAAUAUUAUGAUCCUCUCUGAAUUAAAAGCAUGUGUGAAAGAUAAAUCGUAGAAGCAGUGUUGGCUUGAUUGCGUCCUGAGGCACUAGAGAGAGCCAAGCUGGAAAAAGUGAAGGUGCAGAGAACUGUAGAGCCUCUAUUCCCAUUUUAAUAGGACAUCUGUUGAGAUGAAACCCUUCAAGCAAUCAGCAAGUCCCUUUAUUGAGGUGGCUGCUUUACUGUAUCGUUGAUCAUUGUCAUUACUGUGACGCAAGGUCUCUUUGUUUGAAUCCCGGUGAGGUACAUGAACGUAAUGUUGCCAGCACAAAACAUUUAAAGCACAACCUGGUGUGGUAACGGGAGGGCUGACAUUUUCUACGAUCCUACAGAAUUAACAGGGCCAUAAAUCUGUAUUUUCACAGCCAAAUGUCCACCUGAUCUAGCAAUAGAAGUCUGUCAGGAAGCAUGUUUGAAAAGCACAAGCUUGAGGCCGCUCGGCUUAGUGUCCAGCCCCUGCUCAGGAGAACAUGAUCCCCUCAUGUUUCUCAUUACAGGCCAUGUAAGAAAAGGUAUACUGUUGCGCUGGAUAACAACUACAAGGUCAUCUUCACUUAAUGGUUAUCACAGCCUGUAAACGAUUAUGAUCUUCGGGGUGAUUCUCCUCUUCCAGUUGCUCUGAGCUUCAGCUUGGUUUGUUUUAAUCAUCUUUUCCUUUUCAGACACUUAAACCCCAGUAUGUACUUACUGUAGUGAGAUUAUGUAAUGCUCAUUGUGUAAGUUUUGUUUGUGAACACCAACCCCCAAAUAUUGUUUCCACCUUGUUUACAGCCGCAUCGGAAUCAAGUUCCUUAUUUAACUGACAUUAACACAUCAAAUAUUAAUAUGUGCGAAAUCACACCCUCUCUAACACAGUGUGUUAUUCUUUUGUGAUAUUGUGUCCCAUAUGUUAGUGUAAUAUAGAAAUGUAAUUCAUGUUGUUUUGGAUGCCUUUAAACAUU